AUGGGCGCGGCUGAUGAAUUUGCCGCUAUAAUCGCCUGUUAUAUUGAGAUCAUGGGCAAGAAUAGCAAGGACAGCUCAUUCCAAAGCCCUGAUGUGUCUAUGCUGAUAUCUCAGGCCGGUGAUUACCUUCGCAAAUGCAAGAAGAGAGCGAGAAACAUCAAGACUGGUCGGCCUACUAGGGGUCUCUUGCCCCCUGUCGGGUUGACGCCCCCUUGCCGCAAGAUGGCCGAUGAUAUGGUCAACCUGUACCUGUCAUCAUUCGAAUCAGCGUCAGAGUACCAACGACUCUGGGACAACCCUGACGGCGUUGCACCGAAGAUACGUCUUAAGGUUCUUCUCGUCAUCGGCAUAGGGUCGAGUCUAUAUGACCACGGAGACAGCUGCGGUACAUCGUAA